AUGCGAGAAGAAACGAAUGCCGACAACGAGGUGGAAUUUGGAGUUGAGCGGAUCGUCGAUUUGUGUGAAAGAAUCUAUGGACAAGAGACAACACAAGAGGAUCGACAGGAGGCGAUUACGGCUCUUCAAGAAUUUAUUUCGAAUCCAAUUGGUGACCUCUUCGACAUCGCGAGCGAGCUCUUCUCGCACCGACUCGAAUUACAGAUGAUUGCUUGGAAUUUAAUCAAUUAUCAACUCAAAGAAAAAUGGAGAGAAAUGAAGCCAAAUCGACAAAAAAACGUUAUCGAAACGUUCUCAGCAUUCAUCCGAUCACCAAAAGCACUCAAUGGAUUCAUUUGUUGCGAGAAAGCAGCCACAGCUUGUCAGUCCCUAAUCGAGCAAACGUUCCCCAGUGAAUGGAACCGUUGGACGCAAGCCUUCGAUGACGUCAUCGCUAAGAAGGAACAAAGCACGGCACUAGCUCUCGUGAUGUCCAUCUUGACGAGAUUGCUGACCGAGGACAGUGUGGUGGCCAUGAAAGCGGUAAAGGAAAAGCCGACAAGAAACAAGCUUCUCCACGAGAAUCUCACAAAAUAUGCGCAAACGCUGAUGCCAAGGUUGAGCGACUUUUUGCCGGAUCGAGAAUCGCUUGGAGACUCAAACUCAAAUCAGUUAGCGGUUUCGCAUUUUGUGCUCGGUUUUUUCGAGGCAUUGGCCGAGCGGCAAAUUGAAAUGAUUUUGAAUGGAAAUCUUUCACUUCUCGUUUGUCGAAUCGCUCAAUUCGUCGGCUCGCCGAUCACGCACGACGCGUUAAAUGUCAUGUGCAUUUUGGGGAAGAAGAGAAAAGGCUUCGAAAUAAUGAUCUCUGAAGGAAUUCUCUGCCAGCAACUCAUCCAACGAAUCGAAAGACUCAAAGAAAAGAUUUCCACCAAUCCGCAUCCGUUUCUAAAAGAAUACGAAUUUCUCAAAGCUUCAAUGCAACUCUUGAUUACGAUUGGGUAUACAGUGGCCGAGGUGUUCGACGAGCGAUCGCCGGCUUUGAAAUGGCUGAUCGACACCGGUUUCUCGCUCAUUCACAGUCCAAGUUUGAAACUGCGCGUGGGAUCCAUGGAAAUUCUCGGGGCUCUUUUGAGCGGAAAAGGCGGCAAAAACUCUCCGGAUUUCCUUCAGAAAAUCACCGAUUUAGCGGAAAAUGUGCCGAUUCUGAUGGAGAAAGAGUUAUGGCCAUCUUUCGAGCCGCCCACGCUGACGACGAGCUUCUCUCGAGAGGAUUACACCGAUGACGCCGAGGCGAUCGCGGAAAUGAACCGCUGCAAAAUGCAUUUCUUCUCAUUCAUCGAGGCGGGCUGUCGGUGGGACUUGGGCAGAAUGGUGGCUUCAGCGAAAAGAUAUUUUAUCGAUCGAUUGGCGGAUGAGGAGCUAAUCGAGACCGAAGCGGAGAAUUGGGGAAAAUACAUGAAAUCGAUUCUGAAAUCGGUACAGGAGAAGGGCAAAGAUCGAGGAAUUGGAGGACACGUGAGGAUAGAGGACUUAGAGAAGCUGAUUGGCGAUUGGCCGGCGCUGAUCUUGAGGCGACAACGGGAAUUCAUAAAAUCCUCGAAAUGGAUCCACAUAAAUGGAAUUCUUUCGAUCGUUCACAGUCUUCUCCCAAUCAUUGUCAGAAAUGAGGGAACUCUCUUUGAAUAUCUCCAAAUGAUAAGAGAGAUUCUCGUUAUCGAAUUCGAAGUGGAAUGGGGAGAGAUUCGGGAGAAACAGUUCGAGACGAAGCGUCACACCCUGUCCGGUCUUCUCGGCUGUCUCGAGAGUCACGGGCAUCUUUUCGCGAAAAACGAGCGUUUCAUUGAAGAAAUCAUCUCAAUUCGGGAGAGUGUCACGGACAGAUUGACAGCAAUGCAAGAAGCAGUACUAUCACAGUUGCUCGCUCAUCUCGUGAACUACCCGCUUUCCUUCCACGAGAAACGUCUUUUACUCGAAAAAUCCCUGGAGGUGCCGAAGAAAUUUGAGCAGAAAACGAAUUUGGAUGAUCUUGUGAGCUUCCUGGGCUUCGAUCAGUAUGUCGAAGCGCCAACCGGCGACGAGUUUGCCGAGAAUCGCCGAACGAUUCGUGCCUCACUGCAAGCACUCGACGGAGUGCUCAAAGUCGUCAAGGGUGGCGAGGAGAGAUUUGAGGAGAGCUUCUUCGAAAUCGCGUCGCCGUUGAUCGUUUCACUCGGGCAAUUGAGCAGGCUUUUGCUAGAAUACUCUUAUUCUGAUGCAAGCAAAUGGGAAAAUUGCUUUUAUGACGAGGAUUGCUUUUCGCAGACGCCGGAGAUUGUUUCUUCAUUGCUGGGAAUCCCGAUCGAUGACGUUGAUGAGAAAUACCAGGAGAAAAUUGUGGACGAGAAAAAAACGUGGCCGUCGAUUAACAAGAAAUUCUACUCGGAUUUGCACGAAUCGAUCCUCUGCACAAUGGUCUCCGCGAUUCGUCGCUUUCCGCAAUGUCUUCCCCUAAUCAGCCCGAGUCUUCGCGCGAUCUGCUGGGAAAAAUUACACGUGUUUCGUUUGCGAAUUUGGAUCAAAAGGGUUUGGAAAGAGAUUGCCGCUCAGCGAGCUCAACAUUGUCGCUCAGCGAGCUCAGAUUUCUGGGAACUCUUUGCACUAAUCACUGAUUCGUGUUUACAAGUGCAAAUUCGAGAAUCGAUCGAGCUUAGAUCUUUUGAUUUCGAAGCAGCGGACCCGAUCCUAAAGGAAAGGGAGUACAUCCAACUGAUCAAAGAAGCCAUUCCCGUUUGGCGACUUUUCCUCUUGAAUCAAAAAGGAACCGAUUUCCACGAUUUGAAGCUAGAAAAUGAUGGUUUUGAGGUCGAAAAGUCGCUGCCAUUUCUCCUCUUUUCUCUGCAUAUUCAAGAGUCACAAACGGUGCUGAAAAUUGCUCAAAUGUUGAGGAUUCUUUUGCCAAUUAUAUCAAAAAAUUCGAUGCUCUCAAAAAUAAAGGCUCAAACGACAACUUCGCUUCUUUUCCUUUCUCUAGCUCAACACUAUAAAGAGCCACAAAUUUGCAAUCUUCUUUUUGAUUUUUUCGCCAAUUUUGUUCUCAUCUUGCAUCAUUCCAACGAUUCGUAUGUUGAUGAGGCGUGGAAAGCCUUUCUAAACAAGGCAACAGCUAAACAUUUCGUUGAAAGAAUAGAGGUUUUCUCGCGAAACGAUCGACAAAACGAGAAAAAUCGUCGACAAUUCGUCAAAGAGACAAUCAUGGAAAUGAUCGGCGAUGAAACGAGCGAAUAUUUAUUCGAAAAGUAUCAACAAAAUCACUUGAUAUUCAACAAUUCGAAUGCUUUCUCGAUUUGGAAA